AGUUAAAACUUUACCGCCUUUGCUGCAGCUUUUUAAGCAUACGUUGUUUUCCUCUUCGCGUUAUCUGCUUGCUGAAGUAGUUGAGUCUUUCUGAAAAAAAAAAAUUGAAUCUUAGCUACCCAACAUUAGCGAUAAGGUGUCAGGUAACUGCUGGUCCGGGCGGAAGUAGGAAUGUAGCGGUUCACGUCCGCGGGUACGUCGCGUGAGUUAGCUAAUAAACGAAACUGCUGCAUUAUGUCUGUGAGCGCGGUUCAUGGAACCUUGUCGAGCCUGAAGUCAUGUCAGGCGGAACUCGGGACAGGAAUGGACAUCGUGACGGAUGUUGCUAUGGACCUGGUGGAAACUCGGGAUGAAGAGAUGAAUCGUGCCAUCAAAGAGCUGGAGGCCAUGAUGCUGGAGUGUGCCAGGCUGGACAGAGAGAUCAACAACUUUGUUGACAUUGUGCAGCAAGUUACAGAGGCUGGUGCUCAGCAGCCAGAUGCCAUGUUCGACCUGUCUGCCAAAGUGAAGCAGCAGUUAUCAGAGAGGAUAGCUCAACUCUCUGAUGCAGACCUGCACAAGCACCCAAAGGUGAUCGCCUUCAAGGAGAGCAUUGAGAGCUCAGUGAGUCAAGCCAACCAGGAGUCGGCAGAGAACGUGGAAGAGCUUGAUGAGGACAUCGCCGUCACACAGAGCCAAGUGAACUUCACCUGCCCACUCACUCAGGUAGAAAUGGAGAACCCUGUCAAGAAUAAGAAGUGUAACCACCACUAUGACAAGAAUGCCAUCCUGGGCCUGAUCAAAACGAGAAACAGCCAGAAAAAGAAAUGCCGCUGUCCUGUCGUGGGCUGUGCCAACACAGAUGUGAGACAGUCCGACCUCAUUCAGGAUCAGCUACUGUGGAGAAGGAUCCAGAGCUACAGGAGACAAAGCAACAAAACUUAGGCUUUUUAGUUUUUGUUAGCAUGUCUGUUGGAAUCAAGUCUCACGGAUCACCUUCAUAUUUCUGACUGUUAUGAAGUCAUGUGCUCAUCCUGCAGCAGUUAGUCUUAUUAUCUGUCUUUAUACAGUUUUGUACCCAUCUGAGUAAAUACUCGCUUGUUUUUCAUGUUCUGUUUGUUUUGUUUAUAAAGAUUUUGCUAAAUAAACUAGAUUGUUUUUAUGUUAGUGGUGAAGUGACCUAGGUGAACCACAAGAGGGCAGCAUUUUUACUGUAUCAGUGUCAAAGGAUUUAGUAUCAUAACUUAGUAAUUUAUUAUUAAUGAGCGACACAGACACAUCAUGGUGCUUUUUAUGAAGACCCUUUAAGACUCCUUAAACCUUGGAUCCAAACCGUAAAUGAUUAAACCGUAAAGGACCGUUCUUUAACCUUUGUGGGGAAUGUUCUUGCAUGGUUAACUCCUGGUUCACAGUGAAAGGCUGAUUGUUCCAGAGAAACAAACAAAGCUGCGUUUACAUGAAACUAAUCCUUUAACACCUCAGAUCAGCAGUUUCUCAAUAAUCUCUGAAUAGAUGAUGAAAUUAUCUGGAAGUAAAAGUUCAAAGUUAGAUUCGUGCUCCUUCUAGAUGCCCAUUAAAUCUGUAUGUGUGUAAUGUUCCAGGUGGUUUAAUAACUGAGAAGUCUUUCCUGUUUAGAAGGAUGCGAAGGCGGGAGCGAACCGAACAGGGAUGCUGUGAUCAAAUCCACUUCCGGUUAUGUUUGUGCAGAAAUUCAUGUUCAUCUCUUCCAACGCUCCAAGCUGUGAUGGUUGCCUAGGAGUCUGUGAACGUGUGUUUCCGAGGAGGAGGAGGAGGAUUUGGCUUUGGCUGCCAGGAAGUGAACAAACUCGCCUCUUGGCACAGGAGUCCUGGCAGGGCAGGAGCUAGGGGGGAGUGGGACCAAAUCAGACCAUCUUCUCAGAAUUCCAGUCCCAUUCAGUUUCUUCUGGUGUAGCAAAGUUCACAAAGUCGUGACAAGAAAACCAAAACCGCGUGCUUUUUAGAGCGGCAAAGUCGGAGGAAAGACCUCUCACCAUCUCUGAAGAAACGUUACAGGAAGUAAUCAAGAUGUUCAACAAAUAAAACCUCACUUUGAAAAUCCA